GAGGGAAAUGGAGCAGAAGGAGGUGCCGAGGAUGCGAAGGAGAGCAAGGACGAGGCGAUGGGGGAGGAGCCCGAGGAGAAAGAAGAGCCGAAGGAAGAGGGGAAGGUCGAGGACUCCAAGGAUGAACCUAUGGAGGAGGUCCACGUGGAGCUCACAGAGGAGGAGAAGAAGCUCUGGUUUCGCCGCAAGGAUGUCCCAGACCUGACAUCAAAGGAUAUGUCUUCGUCCUACGAGAAGUUCACACUCCCAUCUUCGGAGGAAGGCUGCGAUAAGGUGACCUUCCUGUGGUACAAGGAGGCGCAGUGUAAGGAGUACCUCCAGAAGUGGGUUCUGGAGCGAAAGAUGACGCAGCGAGUAGAGGGUCUGCAGCCAUCGGAUUGGUUCCGCCAGAAGCACAACGAGUGGAAUCGCAUGUUGGGCUCGUGGAAGAGAGCCCAUCAAGACUUCAAGGACCCAAGCCGAAGGAGAGCACUUCAGAUGGCGAAGAAGCGGAAAGAGCAGGCGCAGGCCAAGAAAAGCGAGGAGGGGAAGAAGACCGAGGAAGCCGCUGAGGAGAACGGUGGGCAACCAGAAGAGGGAGAAGCGGAGAAGGAGAAGCCGGAGGAGGGCGAGGAGAAGGCGGACAAG